AUGCCUCGAAUUGAGAAUGACAUCAAGCUGGACUUCAAGGAUGUCCUCCUGCGUCCAAAGAGGAGCACACUCAAGUCUAGGAGUGAGGUAGGUUUUAACACCAGACUGACACAUUUGAAUUAUAAUUUAAUUAUUUUCAAGAGGGUCCCUAAACAUACAGAACUCAGGACACAUGACAAUUAGUGCUGUGUCGUUCGCAAACCAUUCGUUCAAAAGAACCGAAUCUUUUAAGUGAAUGUACCGAACCGAAUCACUUCAUCAAGUGGAAUCAAGCGUCCAUUUAACCGUACACAGAAGCUCAUUAUUCAGAUCCUGACAACUCAGAGUCUGAAGCAGAUUGUUUCCUAGCUGACAAGAAAAUAUGUUUAAAUCCACUCAAAACGCUUAUCUCUCAUUUUUCUUUUCCCUACCAGGUGGACUUGAUGAGGAGCUUCACUUUCAGGAACUCUAAAGGCAGCUACAGAGGGAUCCCCAUAAUUGCUGCCAACAUGGACACCGUAGGAACCUUUGAGAUGGCCUUGGCUUUAAAUCAGGUAUCUCAUGCAAGAGCAUAACGGGCUUGAAUGUACAUUUAGGUUUUAACAGUGCUUUUAAAAUUAUUUUAGCUAAUUUAACCAUCAUAUUAAAUUGAAAACAGCAAAGCCAACAUAUGUCGAAACUGAUUUUUUUUUUUGUUUAUGAAAAAUAUAUGCCAUAUUUUAGAUGUGAUGCUAGUACCACUUUAAAAUUAGUUGCACAUUUACCUUUUCGAGUAACUCUACCGGUCUAUUAAAGCUGCCCCUGGUGGCCCUUACAUGUAAUUGCACCUUCUGUAGAUAUCAAUCUGAAUUCGAAUGUUGUCUCUCCCUCUAGUUCACUCUCUUCACCACGAUUCACAAACAUUACUCCGUGGAUGAGUGGGCGGAGUUCGCAAAGAAGAAUCCUGAAUGUGUGAAGGUACUUUUCAUUCUUUUCAUAUUUCAUUCUUGUUUUGGAGUUUUUUUAAUGCUGGAUUUUUUUUCAACACUUUUUCAACACCUCUGUUUUUACCCACAGAGUGUAGCAGUCAGCACAGGCACCGGGGACGGUGACUUUGAGAGGAUCUCAGCCAUCCUGGCGGCCGUCCCACAGCUUCACUAUAUCUGUGUAGACGUAGCUAACGGCUACUCCGAACACUUUGUUCACUUUGUUAAAGAUGUCAGGCAGAAAUUCCCCUCACACACGAUCAUGGUGAGCACAUGUCUCCUUCUGAGUGGAGCUAAAUAGGGAAUUUAUGCUGGGAUUGGAAAAAUAAUUACAGAACGGUUUCUAAAUGUUGCUCAGGCAGGAAACGUGGUGACAGGAGAGAUGGUGGAGGAGCUGAUCCUGGCUGGUGCUGACAUCAUCAAAGUGGGCAUCGGACCAGGUAAACAUGAACCUUAAGUAGAUGUCUUUUUCUACAAAAACACUGAGGGUACAGACAAGGACUUUUUAUUUAAUGUGAAUAAUGUUCAAACAAACAGCAUGUACACAGAUGCUUAAUCCUGUUUGCAAAUGAAAGACCUUGAGAAGCUGAUCUCUUACUCUUGUCUUCUUCUACAGGUUCUGUGUGCACCACCCGUAAGAAGACAGGAGUUGGAUACCCCCAGCUCAGCGCUGUGAUCGAGUGUGCAGAUGCAGCCCAUGGCUUAGGAGGCCAUAUCAUCUCUGUGAGUGUCUCUGAUUAUGUCAACAUAGUUCUUGUUCUGUUCUCUCUCUUUAUUUACUUCAUAUACCCCACUGCGCAAUGCGACGUCGAAAUGACAUCUAUUUAACAGAUUUUUUCGACGAUGAAGAGGUACAAUAAUGACGUUUAAAUCUUGGAACCAUUUUGCACGUUGUGCCGACGUCUAUAUUUGGUCUUCAGAUGACGUCCAAAUUCUAAACGUCAGACAGACGUCUAAAAAAGGUCCAAUUUGGACGUCGAAAUUUCUAACCUAAUUUACACAUCGCACUAACAUCUAGAUGUGGUCUUUGACGGACUGACCCAAUACUGACUUGAUCUGCACGUCUCUUUGACAUCCGAUGUUUGGUGGGACCGUAUUUUUCGCACUAUAAGUCGCACUUAAAAUCCUUUUGGCUUGUCGGAGCACUGCAGCUACCAUAGCCUUGCAGAGUUAUUGGAUGAGUUAAAUAAAAAAAUGCGCUUUAUAAUCUGGUGCGCCUUAUAGACGCAAAUAGUUGCGUUCAUUGAUGGUGCACCUUAUGUAUGAAUAGAGACGCGAAUAGACGCGUUCAUUGAUGGUGCGCCUCAAAGUCCGGUGCACCUUAUAAUACUAAAAGUAUGGUAAUUCCAGUGUCUGUGUGGGAAAUAUGACAUUAUAUACUGUAUGUAUAGAAUCAGAAUCUAAUUCGAGUCUUAUUCAUACAGAUUGAAAAAAAGCGUCUGUUAAAUUACAUUGUGAAUUAAAGGGGAGGGUAUCAUGCUUAUUAUUCUGCUGUUGUAUUGUCCCUUUAAUAUAUUUCAGACCGCUGUCUUCGAAAAAUCCCAAUUUCAGCCUCUGUCUGAGGAGCCUUAUUUAAGCCACUGCCCUUUUAGAGCCCACUUAGCAUUCUGCGGCCUAGCAUUCUAGAAACCUCCUUCACUGUUGCCAUGCAGAAAAGUUGUGUUUCUUAAUCCAAAAAAUAUAUAAUAUAUAUAUAAUAUAAAUAUUAAUGCCCUUUUGACGUACCUGGUUAUACCAAUUUGAGCAAAUCUUACAUUGAUCUCAUGACUUCUCGAGCAGGCUUACCUCGCUCUGGAUGGAAAGAACUCGAUGUUUUUGCUUGUCUUGCAAAAUGAUUCACAGCCUUUCCUACUGUGUUGCGCCGAUCACACCCCUCUUCCCAGGACCGGUGUGUGAAGUUCAGACAUGCAUUACACCCUGAGAGAGUAAAAUCCCAUGCAUGACACGGUGUUCUGUUAUGUGUCUUCUCUUUCACACAGGAUGGGGGAUGUACUUGCCCAGGAGAUGUCUCAAAGGCUUUUGGUAAGGUGUCAAUUUCACUGUUUUUAUUUGUUAAAACAGACUUCUCGUAACGGGCCUCUCUGUUUUCUCUUGGGAAACCUCUCAGGUGCUGGGGCUGACUUCGUGAUGCUGGGCGGUAUGCUUGCCGGCCACUCAGAAAGCGGGGGCGAGGUUAUCGAGAAAAACGGCAAGAAAUACAAGCUGUUCUAUGGUAUGAGCUCCGACACGGCGAUGAAGAAACACGCAGGAGGCGUGGCCGAGUACAGGUCAGAGACGCAGUAACUCGAGUGUUUGAGGAAACUCUGCCUUUGGUGUUUGUGGAUGUCGAUGAUAAUCUUUGAAUCCGUCAUGUCGUCUGUGUAUGUUUUUCACCUCCAGAGCCUCAGAGGGGAAGACAGUUGAAGUUCCCUACAAAGGUCCAGUGGAUGAGACAAUACGAGACAUCCUGGGUGGGGUCCGCUCCACCUGCACUUAUGUCGGGGCGGGGAAACUAAAGGAGCUGAGCCGCAGGACCACCUUCAUCAGGGUCACCCAACAGCUUAACACUGUCUUUGGUAAUGACAGCUGA